CGCUCUCAUGUGUGUGUAUAUGCCGCCGGCCUCCGUAUCCCGCCCGCGGCGCGCAUCCGCACAGAGGACCGCAGAGAAGAUCAGCUCCUCACUCAAAGCAGAGUCCGGCGCGAUCCCGGAGCGGGAGCCCAAGCCGGAGCGCAAGACGAAGAGGCCGGCAAGUGGCGACGCUGGACCCGUGCCGAAGGUCAAGCGAGAGAAGCCGAGCAGCGCACCCAAGAGCAGCGCGCCGAAGGUCAAGCAGGAGAAACCGAGCAGCGCACCCAAGAGCAGCGCGCCGAAGGUCAAGCAGGCGAAGCCGGGCAAGGCCAAGGCCUCCGCCGCACCAGCUGGCGGCGGCGGCGGCGGUGGCGACGUCCUGCUCGGGCACUUCAUCUCAAAGUGCGUUGGCAUCCAGCACUACCGCGGCAACGGCGUGCGGUACAACAAGGAGCCCCUCCAACUGCGGCGCGACCCAAACAACCCGUACGAUUGCAAUGCGGUCGCUGUGCACACCGUGGCGGGCAAGAUGGUCGGGCACAUGCAGCGGGUUGACGCGCUCGCCGUCGCGCGCGUGGCCGACGACUCGCGCAUGCGCAUCCGGAUGGUUGCGCAGGUCGAGACGCGCGCGGGCCAGACCUACUCCUUCCCCCUCCGCGUCUCCUUCUUCGGCCCGUCCUCGGUGGCCGGCGCGGUCGCGACGCACCUCGCCUACACGGCGCCGAGCGCCAACCACUUUGGGCGGCAGCAGAUGGGCGGCGGGAUCGUGCUCAUCGAGCCGAAGCCGCGCGGAGGCCGGGGCGGGUCGCGCGGCGGCGGCGGCGGCCGGGGCGGAGCGCGGAGCGGCGGAGCGGCCCGGAGCAGCAGCAGCAGCUCGGCGAGCGCCGCCGCGGCGGCACCGGCGGCACCGGCGGCGGAGCCGGAGCCGGAGGAGGACGAGGUCGAGUUUGCGGGGGAACGGACGUGGGAGGAGAGGAACGCGGAGCUGCUCAAGCACGCCAUCGUGCUCGAGUGAGGCGGGGGCAGAGGUAGCCCCGCCCUAGCGCUCUUGUUCCGCGCCUCCGAUUGGGUGAGGCGGCGGACCCGAGCCCUGGCCGUUCGGACGAUGGCACAGCCGCAACCCGUCUAGGGGCCGCUUGCUUCCCGCACAGCGCAUGUUGUGCUUGGACGCGGCGCCAGUUAUACGUACGUGAAAUCGCGCGCUGUCGCCGCUGAUACCCGGGCUCCCGUCCGCGUGGGCCGGGCGCGCGUGCCGGCGCAACAGUGCUCAGUGGUCGCAGAAAAGAGAGGAGAGGGCGAGGGGAUAACACAUGCACAUGACAACAUGUAUUUAUACGUCGC